GUAGUCAAAAUGGAAAGGAAGGGGGAAACCAAAUGUUCUGCUGCUGAAUUGCUUCAAUUACUCAAGGAUUCAGCAAUGGAGGAAAAUCCAACAAUAGCAGAUAAGGACCUUAAAGUGUCAUAUUUCUCAUUUGAGAAACUUUAUCAGGUGAUAAAAAACAAUGAAUGCACAAUAAUGGGACAGCUUGAUGAGAUUUCAUUGCUUCUUGACAUAGUCACGCCUGAAAAACAACUAUGGAGGCAUGACUUCUGCACAGAAUGUUUUGUUCUGGAGGACACAUGCCUCAAUGUAUGUGAAUAUAUUCAACAGGAACCUAUCAUAUCCUCACUUGCCCAGCAGAUUAUAAAACGAGUUCUUGAUCAUCUUGAUCAUCUGAUCAUCUUGAUCAUCUGA